CGUAGAAGAAGAAAAAACAAGCGAAGAAGAAGAAGUAAAAAAGAAGACAGCAGCUCUUGUUUUCAAAGGCAGUUUGUGUGCUGAACGGUGAAGAUGCAGACGCCUGCAGAGUCCAUCCUCCACAGCGGAUAUUUCCACCCGACGCUCAGAUCCUGGCAGACCUGCGGCGCCGAUCUCAAACCAGACAACCUCAUCUACCCCGUCUUUGUCACAGACGAUCCAGAGGCGGUGGAGCCGAUCGGCAGCCUGCCAGGACAGGCCAGAUACGGCGUGAACAAGUUGGAGGAAAUGCUGCGGCCGCUCGUGGAGAAAGGCUUGAAGUGUGUGCUCAUUUUUGGCGUGCCGGCAAAAGUACCAAAGGAUGAGACGGGUUCGGGGGCCGACACGGACGACACUCCGGCCGUCCUGGCGGUUAAAAAAGUCCGGUCUUUGUUCCCGGAGCUGCUGGUGGCGUGCGACGUCUGCCUGUGCCCCUACACGUCGCACGGACACUGUGGGAUCCUGAACGAAGACGGCACUUUGAACAACGACGCCAGCUGUCUGCGCUUGGCUGAAGUAGCGCUGGCUUACGCUAAAGCUGGUUGUAACAUCAUCGCUCCGUCCGAUAUGAUGGACGGACGAGUCCGAGCCAUAAAACAAGCGCUGCUGUCCAAUGGUUUGGGAAACAAGGUUUCGGUGCUGAGCUACAGCGCAAAGUUUGCCUCCUGUUACUAUGGUCCCUUCAGAGAUGCUGCUCAGUCUAAGCCUGCGUUCGGAGACCGGCGCUGCUAUCAGCUGCCCCCCGGAGCGAGAGGACUCGCCCUCCGAGCUGUGGAGCGAGACGUGAGGGAAGGAGCCGACAUGCUGAUGGUGAAGCCCGGCCUGCCGUACCUGGACAUCGUUAGGGAGGUCAAAGACAAGUUCCCCAACCACCCUCUGGCUGUGUACAACGUGUCUGGGGAGUUCGCCAUGAUGUGGCACGGAGCAAAGGCCGGGGCGUUCGAGCUGCGGGCCGCUGUGAUGGAAGCCAUGACCGCUUUCCGCAGGGCAGGCGCUGACAUCAUCAUCACCUACUACACACCUGAGCUGCUCACCUGGCUGAAGGGCUGAAGAGGGAGUGAAGGAUGAGGACCAAUACAUUGAAAUCAUUGAUGCUGACUAAGAAUAUAUUAACUGGAAUAAAUAGUUUUAUGAUCAUCAGGUUGUUUUAAAGGGCUCCCAUGUGCUGAAUGUUGAAUGUACAAAAAAUAUAAUCGUGUUUUUUUUUUAGCCAAAGAUAAACGUCACCUGCAUUAAAGAAGAACCGUUGUUUAAAGUGACGACGAAUAUUUGUACGACGUGAGCUGGAUCGUUUAGAGGAAAUAAAAUAGUUUAUCU